AACAAUUUAGACGCUUUCGUUUGGUUUGGUUUUGUUGUCUGGACACUGUUGAGAGAGUUGUUGUUGGCGAGCGACGAGCGUUGUUGGCAAAUAAUGUUGAGUGGUGGUGGUGGCUGCUCUCGUCUUUCCAAUCAUCUACGACUGCGAGACUGCGACGUCCGCCUCCACCACCAGCACCUUGGCUCUGGCUCUGGCUCUGCCUUUGGCUUCGGCUUCGGAUUUGUCUUUGGCUUUGGAUUAGGGCGGGUAGGGUUUUACAACAACAGAGUCGCCCAGCUACGCUGCUGCCCUUGCCCUUUCAAACCCUUGUCUGCUCACAGAAUGCCCUUUUCCUCUUUCGUUUCUUCCAAGUCUCCUCCCGACAUUCCCACACUCUCCAAUUGUUUUAGCCAACGAGAAGAUGAACGUGAGCUUUUCUCCGAAGGAUUGACCUCAGUGGCAGGAGGAAUAGUUGCGCUGGGAAAAUUUGAUGCCCUUCACAUUGGUCAUCGAGAGCUCGCGAUUCAAGCAUCAAAGGUUGGACCUCCUUUCCUUUUGUCAUUUGUCGGAAUGGCAGAAGUACUGGGUUGGGAACCAAGGGCACCCAUAGUUGCCAGAUGCGAUCGAAAGCGGGUUCUUUCCUCUUGGGCCCCAUACUGUGGUAACAUGGCACCCACAGAGUUUCAGAUUGAAUUUUCUAGUGUUCGACAUCUAACACCACGGCAAUUUGUUGAGAAGUUAUUGAAAGAGCUUGGAGUGCGUGGAGUUGUGGCAGGUGAAAACUACCGAUUUGGAUAUAAAGCUGCUGGUGAUGCCACAGAGCUGGUGAGGUUGUGUGAAGAGUAUGGUAUUGGGGCAUAUAUAAUAAAUUCUGUUAUGGACAAGAACGAUUACUCUAUAAAUAUAAACUCGAGUGAUGUGAAAGACAGAGGACAGGUUUCUUCUACUCGUGUUCGACGUGCCCUUGCUGUAGGAGAUAUGAAGUAUGUGUCACAGCUUUUGGGUCGCCAACAUCGUCUGAUAUUGAUGGCAAAGGAGCAGGAAGGAUUUCGUUGCUGCAAAAACAAAUUGUCAGUUCCAAAGUCUUGUUUGUUAAAUCUAGGUCCAAAGGAGGGUCUAUAUGAGAAGUGUUAUGUUUUCAUAGGUGAAGAUGAUGAGCUAUUAUCAUGUAAUGUAGUUAUUGACACGGAAUAUGUCCAUAUAGAAAUGGACGAGGUAGGUGCAUCAUGUAAUGUAGUUGGUACACAGGACCUGAGCCUCUUACGUAUUGAAUUUGGUGAUUCUCAGUCUUGAGUAUGUUUAAUUCAUUUUUCCCACAUUUUCUUUUC